AUGUCUUCAGAUUCACCUAAACAACUCAAGUUUCUGUCCCUUGAUGGAGGUGGUGUCAGAGGCCUCUCGUCUUUGAUUAUCCUGAAAAAGGUUAUGGGAAUAGUAGGAUCCAAGAUGAAGAGGCGGGAUCUCCAACCAUAUCAAUACUUUGAUCUUAUCGGCGGUACAAGCACUGGCGGUAUCAUUGCAAUAAUGCUCGGCCGAAUGAGGAUGAGCAUCGAAGAUUGUAUCACUGAAUACCAAAGACUCGGUAGUAUUGUUUUCGGAAAACAACGACAUGGCGAGUACAUGUUUGACGAGAAGGUCCUUGUCCGUGAGACGAAAGCUGUGGUUCUGAAGUACUUGGGCAACGAAGACGCUCCGCUUCUUGACCCUUUAGAAGAAGAUGCCUGUAAAACGGUUCUUUAUACUUUGCCGUUUAAGAACACGGUCCAGCAAACAGCCACCGCUCUACGCACUUACAUCAACGAGGACAAAGAUCCGAACCCAAAGACAUGGACAAUUUGGGAAGCUGUCAGGGCAACAUCCGCUGCGACAACAGUCUUUGAGCCUUUUGUUCAUGGUCCACCUGGAAAGGAAAUUCGAUAUAUCGAUGCCGGCUUUGGGUACAACAAUCCGAGUGAUCUUAUCCUUCAAGAGGCUAGAAGUCUUUGGGAGGGUGAUCACUAUCUGUCGCUCCACACAGAUGUCGGAGUAUUCCUCAGCCUUGGCACGGGCUAUUGA